GUGGAGGUGAGGUGCUGUAGCCUGCUUUUCCAUGCAGGGUCAGGCCUUUGAAACCCUGCUCCCUGCUGAAGCCCUGUCUGUCUGUCUGUCUGUCUCGUUCCAGCACUGUAACGGUGUGGACUGGCGUCAGAAACUGGACUCCCAGAGGGGCGCUGUGCUGGCCACUGAGCUGAAGAACAACAGCUACAAGCUGGCCCGCUGGACCUGCUGCGCCAUGCUGGCUGGAUCGGAGUACCUCAAACUGGGCUACGUGUCACGUUACCACGUGAAGGACUCUGCGCGCCACGUCAUCCUGGGCACCCAGCAGUUCAAACCCAACGAGUUUGCCAGCCAGAUCAACCUGAGCAUGGAGAACGCCUGGGGCAUCCUGCGCUGCGUCAUCGACACCUGCAUGAAGCUGGAGGAGGGCAAGUACCUCAUCCUGAAGGACCCCAACAAGCAAGUGAUCCGGGCCUACAGCCUGCCUGACGGGACGUUCAGCUCGGACGAGGACGAAGACGAGGAGGAGGAAGAGGAGGACGAGGAGGAUGACGGUGAGAGCGAGGGCCGCUGCAAUAGCUGGGCUUACACUGUGUUGAUCUGCAGCUGUGGCCAAAAGUUUAGCAUCACCCUGUAG